AUGGAUAUCAUGGCCGUCAUCACUUUUGAAUCAGAGGUCACUUCCUCAACCCCUCCUGCAAGGUUGUUUAAGGCCUUCAUCCUUGAUGGGGACGACCUCGUUCCUAAGGUCAUGCCACAAGCUAUCAAGAAUGUAGAAACCCUUAAAGGGGAUGGUGGAGCUGGAACAAUCAAGUUGAUCACUUUCAGUGAAGGUGAUGCCCCCAAGAACGUGAUAGAGAAAGUCACACAUGUUGUCAAAAUCAAAGUCUCUGGAGAUGGACGGUCAAUUUGCAAAACCAGCCGAGCAUGCCACAGCAAGGGUGACGUCCAGCUUACAGAAGAACAGACUGAGGGGGGAAAAGAAAAAAUUAAGGCAGGAAAAGAGAAGGCCUUGGUCAUGUUCAAGGCUGUCGAGGCCUACCUCCUCGCCAAUCCUCAUGAAUACAACUAA